AAAAGAACGUAAGAUAUGUAGCAUAGGACACGUUGCAACGCCAAUUCCAAUUCCAAGUUAGUAAUGUGAUUGGUGAAAGACAAAAACAUAAGCAACAACACAACACAAUUGUGAUCCGAAAAGGAGUAAUGGAGUCGUUUGAGGAACACUCGCAUCAACCUUACGACGACGAUGACGACGACAAUAACAACAACAACAUGGAAUAUUACGAUUACGGUUCUCAUAAUCCCGACGACGAUCACCUCAACGUCGAUAACAACACCGACAACCAACUUUCUCCUCCCGUUUAUGGCUUCGGUGUUUCAACUCCUAACCCUGAUUUCGUCACUCCUUUUCAAACCAAUGAAAUUGACGAAGGAACAUUCUCUUCUGAUGGCCCUCUCCUCCCUGACCCCACUCAAAUGCAAGAGGAAGGCUCUGCUAGACGUGAAUGGCGACGGAAAAAUGCCAUUCAUCUUGAGGAAAAGGAGAAAAAAGAGAAGGAAAUGAGAAAUCAGAUUAUAAAGGAAGCUGAAGAGUUUAAGGAAGCUUUCUAUGAGAAAAGAAAACUCAACUGUGAGACAAACAAACAGAACAACAGAGAAAAAGAAAAGAUAUACUUGGCCAACCAAGAGAAAUUUCACAAAGAAGCUGACAAACAUUACUGGAAAGCAAUAGCAGAGAUCAUUCCUCGUGAGGUUCCUAAUAUCGAGAAGAGGAGGGGGAAAAAAGAAGCCGAUAACAAACCUUCCGUUCAUGUUAUUCAAGGUCCAAAGCCUGGCAAACCUACCGAUCUUUCUAGAAUGCGCCAAAUGAUUUUGAAGCUUAAACAGAACCCUCCAUCUCAUAUGAUGCCUCCACCACCCAAAGAAGAAAAGGAUGGAAAAGAAAACAAAGAUGGAAAAGAAAACAAAGACACUAAAGAUGCAAAGGACGGGAAUAAUGACAAGGAAGGGAAAAGCUCAACACCAACUUCCACUGCAGAUUCUGCAGAGAACAAGCCUACUACACCUGCAAAAGAUGCUGCUGCUGCUACGAAUGGUGAACAACAAGACCCUCCAACAGUUGAGAGUGAGAAAGUGGCUAGUUCUGAGCCAGAAGCUGCUGAGUGAUAAAGACAAUAUAUUAUUCUUUUUUCUUAGCAAUUCUUUUUUAUAUAAUACCUAUUCUUUUGAUCUUGCUAAAUUCUAUUCUUACAUUCAUUGAGAAUAAGUGAUAGGCAUAUGAUGAUACUUUAGACUUUGCAAGUUUGCAGCAUGACCUGUUGAGAGCAGCAGUCUAAACUAUUGUGCUAGAUUUGUAGAUUUUAGAUGCAACUCCUUUUGUUUUUAUCUUACUUUGGAAUUCCUUAUCAAAGUACAAUUCUUUUCAUUCUCUUAUAUUUUGCAUAUUUAUUUCA